GAUCUUCCAAGUAAUCGUUCUAAUAUUCGCCAUAAUCGUGAGAACAAUGAAAAGUUAUGGCUAGUUGAGGAUAAUCCUAUAUUUAUUGAUCUAGCAAAUAUUAAUCGACGUAUUGUGGUGUGGCUACGUGAUUUACAAGAGCCUGAAAAUUAUAAAUUUCAUGUUCGAGAAAUUAUCUACAAUUUUGAAAACCUCGGUAAAGGAAAAGUUAUUACACAAUUAUGUUCUCUCUGGGCUAUUGAGGCUAAAUCAAUUAAACUUAUAUUCAUGGCACCCAUGACCGAUAUUACUUAUCAAGAACUACAAAAGUUAUUAAUGAAAGAGCGCAAUAUACUUAUUCAACAAAAUCUCCGGUUUGGUACUAGUGCCAAUCCAUUUCCUAAUCUCGUUACGAACUCCUAUCUUAAUAAAAUUUUUUCAAAUUGGUAUGCUUUUAGCAAUACACCACUUGCCUCAACAACUGAACAAGAUAAAACAAAUAAUG